AUGGUGGCUGUCUUCUACAAAGACAUGUUGAGCUGGUACUUGCUCACCCUCAAGAUCCGAGAAAAACUCGAAGCCGAGAACCAAGGACAAGGAUCCGAACCGAUUAAUCCAGACCAAAACCUCCCCUCGUUACCUGAAGUCACAAGAUCCGAUCAAGAUCAAGAAGAAAGCAAUCAUAACCACGACCAAACUCUGUCCGAAGCCAGUAAGAUCGAGGUAACCAAAGGGAGUCCAAAAGAGCCACGAGAUGAUUGGGUGAUCUCAAUCACAGACAAACUAGAGCAAGCACAUAGAGACGACGACACGACGAUCUGGGGCAAACUCUGUAUCUACAGAGUUCCAUACUACUUGCAAGAAAACGACAACAAAUCGUAUUUCCCUCAGACCGUCUCGCUUGGUCCGUACCACCAUGGCAAAAAACGGCUCCGGCCAAUGGACCGUCACAAAUGGCGUGCCGUCAACAAAAUCUUGAAACGUACGAACCAGAACAUUAAAAUGUAUAUUGACGCCAUGAGAGAGCUUGAAGAGAAGGCUCGAGCUUGCUAUGAAGGUCCUUUUGGUCUGAGCAGUAAUGAGUUUAUUGAAAUGCUUGUUCUUGAUGGUUGUUUUGUGCUUGAACUCUUCAGAGGAGCCGUUGAAGGAUUCACAGAACUCGGAUAUGCACGUAAUGAUCCGGUUUUUGCAAUGAGAGGAUCGAUGCAUUCAAUUCAACGUGAUAUGAUAAUGCUGGAAAAUCAACUUCCCUUGUUUGUACUAAACCGGUUAUUAGAGCUACAACUUGGCACACGCAACCAAACCGGCUUAGUGGCGCAAUUAGCAGUACGGUUCUUUGAUCCACUAAUGCCAACAGACGAGCCAAUGACCAAAACCGACCAGUCAAAACUCGAGAACUAUCUGGCAAGAGAUAAAGCCUUUGACCCAUUCGCCGACAUGGGCGAGUUGCACUGUCUUGAUGUUUUCCGUCGAAGUCUGCUCCGGUCUAGUCCUAAACCGGAGCCAAGGUUAUCAAGAAAGAGAUGGUCUUCUCGGAAUACGCGCGUGGCGGACAAGCGCAGACAACAGCUGAUACAUUGCGUAACGGAACUGAGAGAGGCCGGUAUUAAGUUUAGGAGAAGGAAAACCGACCGGUUUUGGGAUAUUCAAUUCAAUAACGGUUAUCUAGAGAUACCAAGGCUACUUAUUCAUGACGGUACCAAAUCUCUUUUCUUGAACCUUAUAGCUUUUGAACAGUGCCACAUUGACUCGAGGAAUGACAUAACAUCCUACAUAAUCUUCAUGGACAAUCUAAUAGAUUCUCAUGAAGAUGUUAGCUACUUACACUACUGCGGUAUUAUUGAACAUUGGCUAGGGAGCGAUUCUGAAGUUGCAAAUUUGUUCAACCGGCUAUGUGAAGAAGUUGUUUUUGAUACCGAAGAUAGUUAUCUAUCUCGUUUAUCUGUUGAGGUUAACCGUUAUUACAAUCAAAAGUGGAAUGCUUGGAGGGCUACCUUGAGACACAAGUACUUCAACAAUCCAUGGGCAAUUGUCUCGUUCUGCGCUGCAGUUAUUCUACUCGUCCUCACAUUAUCUCAAAGUUUUUAUGCUGCUUAUGCUUAUUAUAAGCCACCUUCCUAACUUUCAUUAUUUAUAUAGCUUUCUUUAAAAAGGCAUUUUUGUGUUUAUUUCUUUUAAGUUUUUUAAGCUUAAAAAUAAGAAUGUUGAUAUCGUAACAUUCCGGGUUUUGAAAAGCUAUGGUAUUAUUUUUUUGUAUUGAUAUUUAAAAUUCAUAAAAUAUUUAUUGGUGUGUGAUUA